CUAAUAUCAUUAUUCACGUGACCAUCAUGACCCUACCGCGACACAUUUAAAAGUUAGCUUAGCUUAGCUUAGCUUCUUAGCUUUGACCCUAGAAGCUGCCAUCUCGCAUCUCGAUCGGCAUCAAGAUGAUUUCAUCGAUCAUCGCUCGCUUUUAAAUGACCUCACCCUAACUUAAAUCUAAGAUUGGAAUACCUACAUUCCAAUCCGUUUUAUUGAUUUAUUGAUUUCUAUUGCUAUGGCCAACUCAAACAGGAAGCAGUCGCAAGAAAUGGUCCGGCCCGCUGCCGCAACAUGAGGAUGGCCAUAUGUUCAUGUUCGAGAAAUAUCCAAGACGGAGCAAAGGUUCCCCCAAGCCUCCCCUUUGCGCCUCGUGGUCUCGUGGCUAGACUCAAUUCAUGACGCACAUCAUCGCCUCUCGCUUCGCUAAUAUAGUGAUUACAUAGUAAACUCUGUUAAUCUCUACUGUCGUACUAACGAUGGAGAAGAAAAGGAUUUUGGCGCUGUCUAGGAUAGCGGCUCCGCCCAGCUUGCUUCUUUCAUAGCAUAUAGCAGAUGAUCUCAUCCAUAUUGGUUUUUCUUGUAAACGUCUGAGUUGUAUCUCACAUUGCUCAGACACCCUACAUGCCCAAAUCUUAGGUCAAUAGAUCAAAAUCAUACAAGUUCACUUAAUAGCUCUCUUACCCGCCACCCGUCUUUGCAUGUCCAUCUUCCCACGUCUGAUUCGCUGCUCUAGAGCUGAAUCUAAACACUCUCUCGGCCCCUUUAAGCCAAUCCAUCGCAUACCCACGUAUUCCCCAGUAUAUUAUAACCUCUCCUCGACGAUGGUGGCUAAAAGACAGAAAUCAACUGUAUUUCUACAGCAAGAUGACAAGUCGGACAAGCACAUCCAACAGGAGCAACCUGGUGUCAUUCCCAGAAGAUCGGGGCGUAAUAUCAAGAAACAGAGCGAUAUAUCACAGCUUGAUGCAGCAACCACCAACGGAGGAAGUCCGCCCUCGGCGUCGACUCAGCCAAAGAAGAAGUCGAUGCAAAGGCCGAAUGUUACAGGGGCUAUUGGUGGCCUUCGUGAAAUGGAGGAUACCUUUCGAGAUGAUACUAAGCGGCAGAAGACAGCAAUUGAUGCAAGCUCAAUCCCAAGUGAUUCCUCCGGACGGAUCGCAGAUCCAGCUUUCCUUUCGAGACCUGAAAAUGGUAAACAGGAUUGCAUUCCAGCGGAACUUGCAAGGGAUAGCUUAAGAGACAACAACGACAAGAGAAAGAGGAACGUAACAAAAAAGAAGGAGAAGAAUGGUGAGAAGAACAGCGUCGACGAGGAAAUCGAAGCUUACGAGGACGAGGAACCAGGCGAUAGAGAGCAGGGUGGUAACGGAUCCCCGGAGGAGGCCGAUGCCAACGCCUUCAAGCUGGAAGGGUCCCGGGCACCCCCGGUUAACAGUGACUAUCUGCCGUUACCAUGGAAAGGUAGACUGGGUUAUGCGUGCCUCAAUACCUAUUUGCGACUUUCAAACCCACCGGUAUUCAGUUCGAGAACAUGCCGAAUAGCUUCCAUUCUAGAACAUCGUCAUCCCCUCCAAGAUUCGUCUCAGCCUGCCCAUCCGACAAAGAAUCGCCCGGACAAAAAUCAACCGGCUGAUGUAACCAGAGGCCAGAAAUAUGUUGAAGCACUUGGCCUCGCCAAUGCCCGUGAUAUUGUAAAGAUGAUCCGCUGGAAUGAUAAGUAUGGUAUCAAAUUCAUGCGCUUAAGCUCGGAAAUGUUCCCUUUUGCCAGCCACGAAGAAUACGGCUAUAAGCUAGCGCCGUUCGCUUCGAAAGUACUUGCUGAAGCCGGAAGAGUCGCAGCUGAGUUAGGCCAUCGGCUCACCACUCAUCCUGGACAGUUCACACAACUCGGUUCGCCACGGCCCGAGGUUGUUAGAAAUUCGAUUCGCGAUCUUGAAUACCACAACGAGAUGCUAACACUUCUGCGGUUGCCCGAGCAGAUCGAUAAGGAUGCCGUCAUGAUCCUGCACAUGGGUGGCGUAUUUGGAGAUAAGGAGGCUACCCUAGAUCGGUUCAGGGAAAAUUAUGCCAAAGUCUCGCAAGGUGUUAAGGCAAGGUUGGUAUUAGAAAACGACGACGUAUCGUGGACGGUGCACGACCUACUUCCGAUAUGUGAAGAAUUGAAUAUCCCACUCGUUUUGGACUUCCAUCAUCACAACAUCAUGUUUGACAAAGGCAAAAUCCGCGAGGGGACCAAGGAUAUUAUAGAACUUUACCCAAGGAUCAGAGCAACCUGGGAUAGAAAAGGUAUCACGCAAAAGAUGCAUUACAGCGAGCCUUGUUCGGAAGCCAUCACUCCACGCCAGCGGCGGAAGCAUCGUCCUCGUGUCAUGACCCUUCCGCCGUGUCCAAAUGACAUAGAUCUCAUGAUUGAGGCGAAAGACAAGGAACAGGCGGUGUUCGAUCUGAUGAGAAACUUCAAACUACCUGGGUGGGACCGUUUUAACGACGUUAUCCCGUACGAGCGCGAAGAUGAAAAUAGACCGAUACCCAAACCUCCCAAGAAGAAGCGCAGGACUAAGAAAGGUGCAGACGGUGCAGACGCAGAUAUCGAGGCUGGAGAGGAUGCGGAGGAGGAGCUGAAACCACCGCCCAAGAUACGGGAGUCGGAACUUGGGAUGGGCGGCCCUAACAACCGAGUAUACUGGCCUCUUGGGAUGGAGGAAUGGCUCCGCCCUAAGAAAAGGGAGGUUAAGAAGAAGAGAGUUAAUGACGAAAUGGAUGGCGAUGAGUAGCUCCGUUUUCGGAUUUGGGUAGCAGCAUGCCGUGUUACAGCACGUUUGCAUACCGGUCUAUAGUCAGAUACCACGGGAUAAACUCGGUAAGGUGUAACAUCGAAAGGACCCCGUCGUCGCCCAGCGGUCUGGAUUCUCCGUAGAUAGGUAUACACUUAGAUCCACAUAAAAUAAUCACUUCUCAUGUUUUCAAAAUGUACAACAAGAUUUCUACACACCUACAUCUUAUCUGACAGCAGAUACGAAAUUUAUCAUUUGUAGUGGUCGUAUUUACUACAGCUACUCAUUAUCUAUGGUUGGGUAUGAUUCGACAGAUACGACAGAUACGACAGAUAC